AUGUUUCUGGCGGUGAAGAUACCAAUUCGAAGAUUUCAUGUAUCUUAUAAAGUAUUUGAGAGUAGUAAGAAGUCAGCAAAAGAAGUUAUAGAACUGAUAAAUUCCAGUAGUUUGAGUAAUAAGGAGACGUUUGAUAGUAGUAGCAAUGUACCUGAAUGGAAGAGGCAAAAAUUAGCGUUGAAAUCAAAGUUUAAAGGUGAGAAAUGGAAUCCCAAGAAGAAAUUAUCUAGAGUGGAGAUGGAUACUGUUCGACUUUUGAAAGAUAAGAUACCUAGUCUUACAGCAAGUGAUUUGGGUGACAAGUUUAAAGUCUCUCCCGAGGCAAUUAGAAGAAUUUUGAAGUCUAAAUGGCAGCCCAGUGCUGAGGAAAUUUCAAAGAUUGAAGAUAGGUGGAAAAAAAGAGGUAUAAGAGUAGAAGAAAUCAUGAAAAAGAGAAAGAUCUGGAACUCACAUAUAGGACCCAAUGGUGUCACCAACACACUGGUAAUAGGUUCAGGGAAUAAUUCACCGAUACAUACUAUAAAAAAAAUGGUCUCUAAUAAUAGUGAUGACAAAACGAAUACCUCGAAAAUGGACUUAGCCAGAAAGAAGAGUAAACUAGAACUUUUAAAAAAGACAUUAAACCAAUGA